GGGAGAACUCUGCUUGAUCGUCCCUUUCUCUUCAAAAGAAGAUCUCCUCGACAUCAAAGCUCGGUCGAGAUCGGUGGAGACAACACAGUUCAGAACCAUCAAGCUUGGGUUGAAGCCGGGAAGGAAGAUAUGGAUCAGUCCAGCACUGGAAGUUGUCAAGUCAAUGAGGGGCAUCAAGAUGAAAAUCAAAGCAACCCCCCUCCGAUCCCAGAACAGGUUCAAAUCGAUGAUUCUCCAGUUUACAGAAUAGAAAGAAAACUGGGAAAGGGAGCUUACGGGCAAGUUUAUGUCGGACGAGCCAUCAGUCCUUCAACUUCAAGUGAUCAAACUGCUGCGGAAGCAGCACAGGUGGCUAUAAAAUUCGAGCACAAAGACAGCGAAGGAUGUGAAGGUGGCAUCCCUAAUGAGUGGAAAGUUUAUGAUGAUCUGGGUGAAAAUCACGGCAUACCACUGCCACGAGUACAUUACAAGGGGCAACAAGGUGACUAUUAUGUCAUGGUGAUGGAUUUGCUUGGACCUAGUUUAGACACUCCUUUGACCGACAACUUCCCCAUCCUGCCAUUGGAAGCAAUUGCGUGUAUUGCCGUUGAAGCAAUCUCUAUACUUGAGAAGCUGCACUCUAGAGGGUACAUCCAUGGUGACAUAAAACCAAGUAACUUUUUGCUUGGUCCUCCAGGAACUCCUGAAGAGAGAAGAUUGUUUCUGAGCGACCUUGGAUUAGCUACGAGAUGGCGAGAUCCCUCCACUGGUUCACACAUUGAGUACAACCAAACACCAGAUGAUUUCAGAGGAACAAUUCUAUUUGCAAGUGUGCAUGCUCAGCUUGGUAGAACAAGUAGCAGAAGAAACGACCUAGAGUCUCUGGUUUACAUGCUCGUUUAUCUUAUGCGCGGCCGUCAUUUGCCUUGGCAAGGACAUCAGGGAGAGGAUAUGCCAUUCCUUGUUUGCAAGCAAAAGAUGGCCACUCAUCCAGAAGUCUUGUGGGACACUCGUACUGGGCCUUACCUGCAGCUCACCUUAUUUGUGCUUAAUCUCAAAUUCAAUGAGGAACCAAACUAUGCUAGAUACAUUUCUCUCUUCCAUGAGGCCAUUGGUCAAAAUCCAUACAUUUGGCCAGUGCACACUGAUAUUGCUCAGAAGGUGGGAUCCUAUUCCCAUAAAAAGCGACGGAUGUUAAUAAAAAUUUCUGAUUCGAGCUCGUCGUCUGAUCGAGCGCAGUUAAAUGAUGAUGAUGAGCCAUCAAGGGAAAUUCGAAUGGGGUUGGAAUUAUCACAAUGGAUAAGCAUUUACAAUAAGCGUCAACCCAUAAAUCAAACAUAUUCCCGAUAUUUGGACGAUGACGACCUGCUCUCACGCAUUAAGAAGGGAUAUGCAGAGGGAUUGUAUGUCACCAGUGUGGCUUACAGUUCUUUCUCUAAGUAUUGGGCCUUAAUAAUGGAUGAUAGCGCCGGCUUCACUGCUCAGAUUUUUUACUUUUCCGACGGCUCUCUUCCCAAGGAGUGGAUUGAGGAAUAUUGGUCAAAGAACUACUACAUCACUACAGUGGCUGGAGCAGAUACUGGCAAAAUUUUAGUUGUAAUGUCCGAGGGGAUCCAGUGGGUUCAGCAGGCUUAUCAUGUCACCAGUACAUUUCCUUUCGCGUGGAUCAAGAAGAUGUGGGAAGAAGGUUUUCAUGUCACCGCCAUGACCACUUCCGGGAGUCGGUGGGUAGUAAUUUGGACCAAUGGAACCAAAUUUACCAACCAGGCUGUAGAGCUAGAUUUCGAGUAUCCAGCCGAAGGCAUUUAUGAAAGGUCGAAGCAGGGCUAUCACAUCACUUCGGUCGCGGCCACUCCAGAUGAGGUUGCUUUUAUCUUUAGUAAGAUAAAAGGAGCACCAGCAACUGCAAUUGUAAAGCAGGAGACACUUCGGACUCCCAGUUUCCCCAACUAUGAUGUGAUCGAGGAGAGGCGGGCAAGGAAUUACUAUGUUUCUACUCUUUGCUACGGUCGAACUAUUGCUUAAGCUACCAAAUAUAAGUGCAAUCAAGGACGUCUUAGCAAGCGACACGACAACUCUGCAAGCAUGUUUUGCCAUCUAUUGUACAUUUCUUACCG